GUGACGUGACGCCUAGGCUCCACCUCCAGCUUCUAAACUUGUUCUUCCGGCGGCUUCUGGCCUCUUCAGCUUUUGUUCGCCAUCGUGGUAACUGCGCCUAUCUGUGCUUCUAAUCAUGUCUUCUCACAAGACUUUCAGAAUCAAGCGGUUUCUGGCCAAGAAACAAAAGCAAAAUCGCCCCAUUCCCCAGUGGAUUCGGAUGAAAACUGGUAACAAAAUCAGGUACAACUCCAAGAGAAGACACUGGAGGAGAACCAAGCUGGGUCUGUAAGGAAUUGCACCAGAUGCCCACAUAUUUAUGCUCUUCGAUGAACCAGUCAAGCCGGAACGUCAAUACUGCCUGGACUGACAGUUGGGCAUUUUAAACUGAUUUUUCUUUGGUUACUUUAAGAAUGGGCACAGUAAUAAAUAUGUGAAACCUUACAUUUGAA